AUGGCGGUGGCAGUCGGAGAGACCACCGCAAAAUGGCUGGAUGAAUCUUCGGAUAGUGAACCAGAGCAGGAACAUGGAUCUCCGCAGAAAUUGAUACGCAAAGUUUCCACAUCGGGUCAGAUACGAAGCAAGGUAACCUAUAAUUUCAUUGGUAACAUUGCAAUUCAAAGCAAAAGGCGAGCAUACGUUUCGGUAGCUGUUAUCUCCAUCCACUAUGCUAGUUUUCUAGCUUUGCAAGGCCAGUUGUGAAACGCCGCUCUUUCCUGUCUCUCUUCAUCCGCGAGAUGGCUAGCAGGGUCCCCGGAUAGUUUCGCUUGAGCUAGCUAGCUAGAAGGAACUCUAGCUAGCUCGAGCUCUCGUUAUCAGUACUAUCAUCAGCAGCACACAUAACGGUAUCAUUACUGGGUGUUGAUAAAAUGGUAGCUAACCUUCAUCAAAACCAUAAUCUAUUUUAACAAAAAAUACAUUCAAUCCGUGGAUUACUGCUGCUAAAUAGUUCCUUAUGUGUAUGGCCAGCUGUUUCAUUGCAAGAUGAUACCAAAGAUUUGUAUUACUAAACCAAGAUUGACCACAGCCUGUCGUUUCACGUAAACAAAUGAGCCAUAGUGGGCAGAACAAGGAAGGAGAGGGCAGAGCCAAGCACGAGCUAGCGAGAUCCUAUUGGCGCGUUCUGGAAUCAUCUGCAUAUUUCCGUUAGGGAACGCCCACUCUGUGGGUGCGCCUGUGCAAUAACUCAAUUCGCCUUUGCGCUCCUAAACAACACGAUUUUUAAAAACGUUUGCAAAGGGUAAAGUCUACAAACCUUAGUCCACUCUGUUCAUAAAUUAUUUUAGUUUGGAGAACAGAAAACUGUAUUGAGAUCAAAUGUUUCAUCGAUGAGAAACUUUGCAGAAAUUCGGCCAAAAUCCAUCUCGUUCCAUCUUCUCCCACUGCCCACCAGUGGGCUUUCUCUUACUACCAUAUUUGGUAGUGAGUGGAAACGCCAAGCGGAUGCUUCACAUUUAAACAUCCAGUGAAAUAUCUGUCUCAUUGUUCUAUCUGUGAUACUCCUCGAGUCUAGCUAGCUAGCUAGUUGUUGCUCCUACUACUACUUGGCUACUAUCCCAUUUGAUUCAUUCGGCAUCUCGUUUGCUAUUCAUAACUAGCUAUACGUUUUCAGGAGCACUUAUCUGCCAACAAAUAUGUUGUAAUUUACAAUAUUGUGCAACGUCUUCGCUAAUGCUUUUCCUUUUAAGGGUGUUUUCACAAAUACUCAGUCCCUUUUAAAAUCUUAGUCCUCUUUAAAGUGAAUUUAGGGGUAAAAAAAAAAGCAUUCACAUUGCUAUGUUUAGAAAGAAAGGAAGGAAAGAAAGAAAGGAUAUUCUCUGGGUUUCUACAAAGUGCAGGACAAGCCAUUCCAUCAGAAUGUGUUAUCAGAUGGCUGGCUGCAACCUGGUCUCAAAGCAUUUAAUAUUAUUCUGUAUGUAAACCCAAGACACUCUAUUAGGAUGAUAUGUUACGUUUUGUAUGGUAUGUACUAAUUUGUGGGUGUCCUUCACCCAUUUCGUAUGAUGCGUUACGAAUUACAAUUCGUAUUAAAUGUUACGAAUAUGCAAAACGUAUGAUAUGUUACGAAUUCUAGCUAGAAGUAUAACGUUAGCUAGCUGGCUAACGUUAGCUAGGCUAGGGGUUAUGGUUAAGGUUAGGGUUACAUUUAGGAGUUAGGUGAAAGGGUUAGGGGAAGGGUUAGCUAACCUGCUAAGUAGUUGCAAAGUAGCUCAAAAGUAAUAAGUAGUUGGAAAAAUUGCUAAAAUGCAAAAGUUUCCGUGAUGAGAUUCAAACUUGCAACCUUUGGGUAGCUAGACGUUCGCUUUAUACGCACACCCAUCCACCCUGACCAACCAUCGGUCUUAUGUAACCAUACCAAACGUAACAUAUCAUAUUAAUUUGAGUGUCCCGGAUUUAAUUGUACUAUGUUACGUCUAGUCUAUGAGACCAGGCUGGAAAGCUAGAUAUAUGCUACGAUAUAAUCAAGUGCUUGUCAAAUUGUGAAUGAGAGACUGAUGAAGUGUAGGGCUGGGCAAUAUGGCCAAAAUAUUGUAUCACGGUACCGGCGAGUGCUGAGGCACGUAGCGCAUAAGAAUCAUCUGUUCUCUGUUGCAACACUCACUACCGAGUUUCAAACUGCCUCUGGAAGCAACGUCAGCACAAUAACUGUUCGUCGGGAGCUUCAUGAAAUGGGUUUCCAUGGCCAAGCAGGCGCACACAAGCCUAACAUCACCAUGCGCAAUGCCAAGCUAUGGCUGGAGUGGUGUAAAGCUUGCCGCCAUUGGACUCUGGAGCAAUGGAAACACGUUCUCUGGAGUGAUGAAUCACGCUUCACCAUCUGGCAGUCCGACGGACGAAUCUGGGUUUGGCGGAUGCCAGGAGAACGCUACCUGCCCCAAUGCAUAGUGCCAACUGUAAAGUUUGGAGGAGGAGGAAUAAUGGUCUGGGGCAGUUUUUCAUUGUUUGGGCUCGGCCCCUUAGGUCCAGUGAAGGGAAAUCUUAACGCUACAGCAUACAAUGACAUUCUAGACGAUGCUGUGCUUCCAACUUUGUGGCAACAGUUUGGGGAAGGCCCUUUCCUGUUUCAGCAUGACAAUGCACCCGUGCACAAAGAGAGGUCCAUACAGAAAUGGUUUGUCGAGAUCGGUGUGGAAGAACUUGACUGGCCUGCACAGAGCCCUGACCUCAACCCCAUCGAACACCUUUGGGAUGAAUUGGAAUGCCCAACAUCAGUGCCCGACCUCACUAAUGCUCUUUUGGCUGAAUGGAUGCAAGUCCCCGCAGCAAUGUUCCAACAUCUAGUGGAAAGCCUUCCCAGAAGAGUGGAGGCUGUAAUAGCAGCCAAGAGGGGACCAACUCCAUAUUAAUGGCCAUGAUUUUGGAAUGAGAUGUUAGACGAGUGUCUACAUACUUUUGGCCAUGUAGUGUACCUACUUACAUUUUGGAAGCUAAUAGAUUUUAUACUGAACAAAAAGAUAAACAACAUGCAACGAUUUUAAAGAUUUUACUGAGUUACAGUUCAUAUAAGGAAAUCAAUCAAUUGAAUUUAAUUCAUUAGGCCCUUAUCUAUGGAUUUCACAUGACUGGGAAUACAGAUAUGCAUCUGUUGGUCACAGAUACCUUUAAAAAAAGGUAGGGGUGUGGAUCAGAAAACCAGUCAGUAUCAGGCGUGACCACCAUUUGCCUCAUGCAGCGCGACACAUCUCCUUCGCAUAAAGUUGAUCAGGCUAUUGAUUGUGGCCUAUGGAAUGUUGUCCCAUUCCUCUUCAAUGGCUGUGCGAAGUUGCUGGAUAUUGGUGGGAACAGGAACACACUGUCGUACACGUCGAUCCAUAGCAUCCCAAAUAUGCUCAAUGGGUGACAUGUCUAGUGAGUAUGCAGGCCAUGGGUCCUCUGUAGCUCAAUUGGUAGAGCAUGGCGCUUGUAACGCCAGGGUAGUGGGUUCGAUCCCCGGGACCACCCAUACGUAAAAAUGUAUGCACACAUGACUGUAAGUCGCUUUGGAUAAAAGCGUCUGCUAAAUGGCAUAUUAUAAAUGGCAUAUUAUGGAAGAGCUGGGACAUUUUCAGCUUUGUUUCAGAACAUUUCAUUAUCUGGAAACAGCUCUGGUGGACAUUGCUGCGUCAGCAUGCCAAUUGCACGCUUCCUCAAAACUUGAGACAUCUGUGGCAUUGUGUUGUGUGACACAACUGCACAUUUUACAGUGGCCUUUUAUUGUCCCCAGAACAAAGUGUAAUGAUCAUGCUGUUUAAUCAGCUUCUUGAUAUGCCACACCUUUCAGGUGGAUGGAUUAUCUUUGCAAAGGAUAAAUGCUCACUAACAGGGAUGUAAACAAAUUUGUGCACAACAUUUUAGAGAAAUAAGCCUUUUGUGCGUAUGGAACAUUUCUGGGAUCUUUCAUUUCAGCUCAUGGAACAGCGGACCAACACUUUACAUGUUGCGUUCAUAUUUUUGUUCAGUGUAGUUAAAAGAUGCAUUUAGUUAAAAGAUGAGGCAUAAUAAUUGUAAUAAAAAAAUACUAUUAACAUGUUAAUAUUAUUGAUAACAGAAUGAAUAGCAGAAGAAUAAUUGUGACCGACCGCAUCGAUUCGAUCUUAUGUAGCAAAAUUAGAAAUGGUGUUUUUUACAUUGGAUGCAAGUAGAGACUCAGAGCUAGAAAAUGAUAUAUCAUACACUGCAGUUGAGGAACAAUGGGAAAGUAAUGUUGCUUUGAAUGUUGAUAAACUUGUUGAAUGUUGAAACGCUUUUGAGAAAAUGGCCCUUGAAUCUUUUGGUACACCUGCUAGAGAGCUCUUCUUUGUCUACACCCAUUCAGCAUCAUUCACACCUUCUUAAGCAUUAGCCCCACCCAUCUCUUUAAGGAUUCACACGUGAGGCCUUGUGGUAAACACACCCUAAAUCAAAUAAAAUCUAAGUUUAUUUGUCACAUGCACAGGAUACAGAAGGUGUAAACGGUACAGUGAAGUGCAAUAUCAAAAACAGAAAGUGUCCAGAUACAAAUAUUUUAUCAUUAUUAGAUUAUGCUUAUCCGACACACUUGUCUAAAUUGAUGGGUCAUGUGAAGGAAAUGCUAUAACCACCCCCAAGCCAUAUCUAGCUAAGUGGAUGGGUCACUAUAGUCUAGACAUGUACACAUGUUCAUGAAAUACAAUAGAUGGCCGUAAUCACCCCCAGACACGCCUGGCUAAUUUGAUGGGUCAUGUAAUAAUCCGGCCGAAGUGGAGUCUUUUAUUUAGACAUGUAGCUAGCUACCUAGCUAGCUAAACAAUGAACUGGCAUAAUCCCAACUCAUACUACUACCGAUACAAACAUUGUCAUAGCUGUAGUAUGAAUCUGCAGGUAGCUAAAGCUAACAAACUAGGUUCAAUGUUAGCUAGCUAACAUUAGGCUAUAACUAGCAAUGCAAAUGGGUUUCUGAUUAGAAUAAUAUUACUACACAGAUCAUACACAUAACGUUAGCUAGCGAGCCAGCAAGCAAAUGUUUGCUAGCUAACUAACAGUACGCUUUAACUUCCAAUAAAAACGACUUUCUGACAACAUUCAAAACUUAUAUCUGAAAAUGUAGCUAGACUCUUAACCGUAUAAAUGGAUGAACACUUCACGGCAGACUGGAACCAUUUAACUCUGUUUUGUUUGUAGCUACAUCUUGUUUGGCUAGCAUUGUGUCAAGUCACUCCGGUUCACACUGACCGUGGCAUGUGCAGAAAGUAGCCCAUCACUUUUUCCAACUGAUUUGACGAUAGCGCCUGCUAAAUUCAGGGCAUCAAUGUUGAGAAAAGUAGCAAAACUUUUGUAGUUCUCGAUGGCUAACGUUAUAUCUUUCAAAAACGGCGCGGUAGAAAGGACUGUCAACACAUAUUGAACAGCUCACACUAUAGACAGAAGCAUGCUACAUGGCAGACCAUUCCAAACUCAACUCCCGGUAUGUCCAGCCCAUCAAGUAUCUCAGCCAAUCAUGGCUAGCGGGAAGGUUCCUGUCUUUUUCCAUGGCUAAACCAACUAGGCUCAUAAUUUAACAAUUGUAUUUGUAUUUAUGGAUGGAAUACAAGUUUGUUAUUAAGGCACAUGAAAGUUCACAUGUUCCAAAAGGGAUUUUUGCCAAGAAACACAUUUUGAUAAAACCAUAAAUGUUUACGUUCAAAUGCCUGUCCUGUAAAGUAGUAACCUGCGACAUAUGCCUCGUUUCCUGAAACGAGUCACAAUUGCCGAUGAAAUAACCCACUGGGCACAGACGUUAAUUCAACGUCUAUUCCACGUUGGUUCAAUGUAAUUUUAUUGAAAUGACGUGGAAACAAUGUUGGUUCAACCAGUGUGUGCCCAGUGGUCUCAGAACAUUUCGUAUUAUUAUUUUCCUAAAUCCGGACACUCCAUUUAGUAUGAUAUGGUACUUUUCGUAUGGUAUGUAUUAGUUUGUGAAUGCCCAUCAUUAAUUUUGUAUGAUAUGCAAAACAUAUAUAAUAUGUCAUGAAUUUGCAAAACGUAUGAUGUGUUACGAAUUCAAAUCAAAUCAAAUGUUAUUUGUCACAUGCGCCGUAUACAACAGGUGAAAUGCUUACUUAUGAGCCCUUAACCAACAAUGCAGAGUAAAAAUAAUAAUAAUAAUAAGAAACAUUUUCUAUAUAAACUAAAGGAAAAAUAGUAACACAAUAAAAUAACAAUAACAUAUAGAAGGAUUACCUGUACAGAGUCAAUGUGCAGGGGUACGGGGUAGUCGAGGUAAUUGAUACAUGUAGGUAGGGGUAAAGUGACUAUGCAUGGAUAAUAAACAGAGUAGCAGCAGCAUAUUUGAAGGAAUGUGUGUGUGUGUGUGUAUUGGUGUCAGUGUAGUAUGUGUGAGUGUGUAGUUAGAGUCCAAUGAGUGUACAUCGAGCCUGUGCAAGAGAGUCAGUGCAAAAAAAUUACAUUAAAGUAAGGGGGUCAAUGCAAAUAGUCCGGGUAGCCAUUUGAUAAACUGUUCACAGUCUUAUGACUUGGGGGUAGAAGCUGUUAAGGAGCCUUUUGGUUCCAGUCUUGGCGCUCCGGUAUCGCUUGCUGUGCGGUAGCAGAGAGAAUCUAUGACUUGGGUGGCCCGCUCCACUACAGCCCCGUCGAUGUGAAUGGGUGCGUGCUCGGCCCUCCUUUUCCUGUAGUCGACGAUCAGCUCCUUUGUCUUGCUGACGUUGAGGGAGAGGUUGUUGUCCUGGCGCCACACUGCUAGUUCUCUGACCUCCUCCCUAUAGGCUGUCUCAUCGUCGUCGGUGAUCAGGCCUACCACCGUCGUGUCGUCGGCAAACUUAAUGAUGGUGUUGGAGUUGUGCGUGGCCAGGAGGGGACUAAACACGCACCCCUGAGGGGCCCCCGUGUUGAGGGUCAGCAUGGCGGAUGUGUUGUUGCCUACCCUCACCACCUGUGGGUGGCCCGCCAGGAAGUCCAGGAUCCAGUUGCAGAGGGAGGUGUUCAGUCCCAGGGUCCUUAGCUUAGUGAUGAGCCUGGAGGGCACUAGGGUGUUGAACGCAGAGCUGUAGUCAAUGAACAGCAUUCUCACAUUCUCACGUAGGUGUUCCUUUUGUCCAGGUGGGAAAGAGCAGUGUGGAGUGCAAUAGAGAUUGCGUCGUCUGUGGAUCUGUUGGGGCGGUAUGCAAAUUGGAGUGGGUCCAGGGUUUCUGGGAUGAUGGUGUUGAUGUGAGCCAUGACCAGACUUUCAAAGCGUUUCAUGGCUACAGAUGUGAGUGCUACGGGGCGGUAGUCAUUUAGGCAGGUUACCUUGGCGUUCUUGGGCACAGGGACUAUGACUAUGGUGGUCUGCUUGAAACAUGUACAUAUUACAGGCUGGGUUAGGGAGAGUUAGAAAAUGUCAGUGAAGACACUUGCCAGCUGGUCAGCGCAUUCUCUGAGUAUGCGUCCUGGUAAUCCGUCUGGCGACGCAGCCUUGUGAAUGUUAACCUGUGUAAAGGUCUUACUCACAUCGGCUAUGGAAAAUGUGAUCACACAGUCGUCCGGAACAGCUGGUGCUCUCAUGCAUGGUUAAGUGUUGCUUGCCUCGAAGCGAGCAUAGAAGGAAUUUAGCUCGUCUGGUAGGCUCGCAUCAUUGGGCAGCUCAUGGCUGGGUUUCCUUUUGUAAUCCGUGAUAGUUUGCAAGCCCUACCACAUUCGACGAGCGUCAGAGCCGGUGUAGUAGGAUUCGAUCUUAGUCCUGUAUUGAAGCUUUGCCUGUUUGAUGGUUCGUUGGAGGGCUUAGCGGGAUUUCUUAUACGUUUCCGGAUUAGUGUCCCGUUCCUUGAAGCGGCAUCUCAAGCCUUUAGCUCAGUGCGGAUGUUGCCUGUAAUCCAUGGCUUCUGGUUGGGAUAUGUAUGUAUGGUCACUGUGGAAACGACAUCUUCGAAUCACUUAUUAAUGAAGCCAGUUACUGAUGUGGUAUACUCCUCAAUGCCAUCGGAUGAAUCCCGGAACAUAUUCCAGUCUGUGCUAGCAAAACAGUCCUGUAGCUUAGCAUCCGCUUCAUCGGACCACUUCCGUAUUGAGUAUUGGUACUUCCUGUUUGAGUUUUUGCUUGUAAGCAGGAAUCAGGAGGAUAUAGUUAUGGUCAGAUUUGCCAAAUGGAGGGCGAGAUUAGUAACUGGUAGAAGUUAGAUCAAACGGAUGUCAGUUUUCCAGCGUUAAAAUCCCCGGCUACUAGGAGCGCUGCCUCGAUGAGCAUUUUCUUGUUUGCUUAUGGCCUCAUAUAGCUCGUUGAGUGCGUUUGCUUAGAGACAUCGUUCAGACGUCAUGAAUGGCUGGCAUUGUUAGUGCAGCUCUGAGGGGAUUAUACACCCUAUUUCACGGCCGUUCCCGAGAGAAGGUUGUGUGGUUCACAAUGAUAUUAUAUUAUUACCCUUUUAUAUAGUCAUGGGGUUGAUGUUUUGAUAAGGCUGCACAUGGAUGGUCCCAUGCAUCACUGGUGGUUGUGUUUGUGCGUGCGUGCGUGUGUGUGUGUGUUUGGGAGGAUGGUACGUCUCUGACUCUAGUCUCCCUAUGUUGUCCUCCUGUGCAGACAAUCCUGAAGGAGGGCAAAUUGAUAAAGCAGACCAACUCGUUCCAGCGCUGGAAGAGACGCUACUUCAAACUG